AUGUUCCUUAUUGCAUGGACACAGAUUGCUCAAGGAAAAUUUGUAUCUCACACUCCAAUUUUCAGGCGUUCAAUGCUCAAUCCACGACGCCCAAGUCAAUACGACAAGGCCAUUGAUAAUAUGUACCUUUUUUUGUCAUCGCUACCACCACCACCAAAAGAUCUCGCGCCCAAUGAAGAUCACCUCAUUACUCGUAUCUACUACAUCACGGCUGAGGAAAUCGACAACCUCCAAUCUGAGGCCAGUUCCAAUGGAUCCAGGAGAAGCAAACUCGAGUCUUUCACAGCCUUCCUGUGGAAGAUUGUGGCGGAGGGGGGCCAUGACCAUGACAAGAGAUGCAAGAUGGGCAUUGUANAUAUGUACCUUUUUUUGUCAUCGCUACCACCACCACCAAAAGAUCUCGCGCCCAAUGAAGAUCACCUCAUUACUCGUAUCUACUACAUCACGGCUGAGGAAAUAGACAACCUCCAAUCCGAGGCCAGUUCCAAUGGAUCCAGGAGAAGCAAACUUGAGUCUUUCACAGCCUUCCUGUGGAAGAUUGUGGCGGAGGGGGGCCAUGACCAUGACAAGAGAUGCAAGAUGGGCAUUGUAGUGGAUGGACGAGGGAGGUUAAACAAAGUUUUGUCAUUGGACAAUUAUUUUGGAAACGUUCUUUCCGUUCCAUAUGGUGAGGCAAGCGUAGGUGAAAUCAAGAUGAUGGAGCUCAAUCAGGUUGCAGAUUCUGUCCACGAAUGUGUGGAACAUGCUAACCAGGAACAUUUUCUAGGGCUGAUUGAUUGGGUCGAGUUGAAUCGACCACAGCAAGCCAUAGUAAAGGUCUAUUUCAAAGAGAGCAAUGACGAAGCGGCGAUCGUCAUAUCAUCAGGCCAACGUUUUUCAAUAUCAGAAUUGGACUUUGGAUGGGGACGACCCGAUUUCGGGUCGUACCAUUUCCCAUGGGGUGGACAGACUGGGUAUGUGAUGCCAGUGCCUAGCAUGAGUAAGGAAGGAGAUUGGGUUGUGUACAUGCACCUCCUUGAAAAGCACUUGGAUUUGGUUGAGAAGGAGGCAUCACAUGUGUUUAGGCCCUUAACUCCUGCUUAUCUGAACUUGAUGACUGAUGAUUCAGAGAUGGUCACUGAAAAGAUUAAAAUGAUAAAUGUAUGA